AUGGACCAGAGCCCUUCCAAUGCUCAACCCGUACAGGGUCCUCCCAUCCCUGGCAGCUCGUGUGCUCCGCCAUUGAGAGGAGCUUUAGCUGGAGGUCGCCAGAUCACCCGAAACCGCGCGAGCUACAGCUGUCACAUGUGUCGACGUCGGAAGGUCAAAUGCGACAAGAUACAUCCGAUUUGUGGAAACUGCGUGAAGAACAAGACCCAGUGUGUAUAUGAUGUGUCAUCCCAAAAAGAUGACGAUGGGCCCGAUAGCUCCCAAAAGGCCCAUGGCGCUAAACGAAGGAGAGGAAUGCCCCGGACAUUGGAGGAGGAUGUUAACGAGCUCCAGUCACUUUAUGGACACUUGAAGCGGGCAGAGUCGACAGGCGAAAAGCCCGACCCAAGCGCCAUUGAAGCGCGACUCGACAAGCUUAUGUCAAUGAUUGAGCGACUUGGGGGGAGCGGUCAAACACACGAGAACGUGGGGAUGCAGACGGCCCGGGGUGCGAAGGUGGAACCCACGCAGUUGGAUGACGCACGGCCGAGCAAUGCUCUGAACGGAAAUAGAACGUCAAGAUCUACCAGCCCACAUCGCACUGCUGCAGACUCGAGCAGUGAUGAAUUUCCGAUUCCAUCCGGUCAGGCCACCGAUCUGAUAGACCCGGUUGGCAGUUUGAACUUAGGCCAUUUGAGCCUAGAGGACGGUGGAAGGUCAAGAUAUGUUGGCACCACGUAUUGGGCCUAUAUCUCUGGCGAAAUCAAUGAGCUUAAUCAAUUGCUGAGAGAUCAAAAUAGCUCACAUGAUCACUCCACACCUGAAAAUAAUAAUGAAGCCAUAACAGAUUCGCAGGCCGAUGGUCGACAGUCAUGGAGAGAAUCAAUGGGCAGCUCGACGCCUUUAAUCACGCCCAGGUCUCGUUCCUUCCAACAAUCUAUAAUCUUCCCUUCGGGUGACUCUCCCUUGCUCAAUGAAAAGGUGGUAGAACCAAAAAUGCUUGAUCACAUUCCAACGAGACGGCAGAGCCAUAUUCUUUACAAAGGAUUCAUUUCCGGUGUACACGCCAUCAGUCCUGUCAUUCACCCUCCAACUAUCCUCAAGCUCUACAAUUCCUUCUGGGAUUGGUAUGACUGCAGCAGCUAUUCGGGGGAGUCAUGCCCGAAUCCAUCAUUCAUCCCACUGUUGUACGCGAUAUGGUAUGGCGGCUCAGUGACGAUUUCGAUCCGAGCAAUCAAAGCUGAAUUCAAUGUGUCCUCGCGGGCGGCGCUUUCGACAAUAUAUACCGAAGAAGUUAGCAGAUGGCUUACGAAGAUCAAAUUCCCGCGCAGCCCUUCACUUCAAGGCCUCGCUGCUUAUCUUAUCGUACAGACAAUUGUGACGAAGGAGGAAGAGCCUUUGACGAGUAGCCUCUUUGUUAGUCUCGCGAUGAGGGUUGCGCAAACAAUGGGCUUGCAUCGGGACCCAGCUAAGUUUGGCAUAGAGCCAUGUGAAGCUGAGUACCGCCGCCGUUUAUGGUGGCAUAUAAUGCACAUGGAUGGUGUUGUUGCGAUGUCAAGCGGUCUGCCUCCACUUGUCAACGAUGAGAAUUAUUGGGAUGUCUGCGAGACGAGCGAAAUUAAAGACACGAUGCUAGGUAGCCCUGCUGCAGAGUCCUACAUGGAACAGGUCGCUUCGGGGGAGCGGCUACCCGAUAAUCCAGAUGACCCCACCAUUUGCGGCGGACCAUCAAUUGUCAACGUCUACUACCUGACCGCAAGGGGAAAGUACACCAUGGCUCGCGCUGUCCGCCGAAUAUUGAAAAUCCAGCUUGGAACAAAGCCCCUCACUAGGCAGGACAUGGAGGAGCUCCGGUCAAUACUCCUUGACUUGCAGCUGAAACUGAAUUCCAUCAUCGACAGGAUUCCAGAGGGGAAGGAUAUCGAUAACCUGUCAACGUCAGACCGAGCUUCUUCUAUGUCCAAAUCCCCCGAUGGCUGCUCUUCCGACACAGAGCUUCCAGGCGAAGGUCCCACCGGAUGCCCAGAACAGUAUCACUCACCGGUUCUUGUUUGCUUCCAUAAAUGGGCGAAGAUCAUUCUUUCGUUGUAUAUUGACAAAGCCUUCUGUGUGGCCUACCAGCCUUUUCUGAAGAACGCUCGCAGCCGGAUUUGGCCAGCAGCACGCCAGAGUGCACUUCGUCAUUGCCAUGGUUUCAUGGAUAAAUUCAUCCAACUCGCAACGGAUCCCGAUUUCCAGCCCUUUCAUUGGAGCUGGCCUGGGAUCAUGCUUAUUGACCUAUAUGAGCGACCUUACAGCCCUGAAGCAUCCAGGUCGCGUGCAUUCAUCGAUCGCAUACUCGCACUUUCUGGCCCAGAUGGAGGCGUCGUAGGUGGUGAAGACGGUGUCUCAACACAACGGCCAUUAAAGGACGGUGGUCGUGAAGCCUGGGAUAUGAUCCGCCGCCUUCGCCAGAAGGCUUGGCAAAAGGCUGGUCUCAAUCCGCGAAUGCUCUGGACCGAAAAAGAUCAGAUCCAGGCUGGGGUCGCUUCGCCAGUUGACACUCGCGGAAAUUAUGACUUUCCUUACUCAGGUCCCUCUCAGGCCGGGUCUCCAGGUUCAGCAUCGGCCAACCAUCCCUCAACACACAGACCCCAACCCAGCGAUUUCGUCAGAACAUUCUACAACCUCACACGCUCCCACACGUUCUCGAAUCCUGUUACCCCGGAUGGUACUGAAAGUCCCCUACGAUACCAAUCCCAACCACAGGACAAACCCUUCAUUCCAAUUUCACAUUCCCAAUUCCAUCCUAACCCCGCCGAUAAUUCCAUACCUCCCCGUAUUGGCGCCUCCUCGCCCAAAACGGACUCCUUGUUUGGUGCACCUCCACCGACACAAUCUCCUGCAUCCACCGCUCCCGCCCCACAUGUUCAGCAUUCAGAUCCUGAUAUUGCUGCUUCUGGUGGCAUGUCCUUUGUGGACCCUGCGUCUCCUAAUGUUUUACCCAUGGGAGUUCCUACACCGCCAUCGAUGGUCGAUCCCAACCUCAAGUUCGACUGGGAACAGUGGGAUGCUGUGUUCGGGCAACAUCUUCCUGUCGCGGAUGAUCUGAUGGAAUUGGAUCCCGUUUCGGGUCUUGAUUUCACCCAUGUUGGAACUGCCUCAACAUUUAAUGGCAAUGGCCCCAUCGACAUGCCUAAUUCAUAUGCCAACGGUCUUGCCCUUCGAGACUCGUCUCCAGAAGGGAGUUUUCCGUCUUGGAAUGGGAAUAGUGGGGAUGAUUGGCCGGGAUAUACUUAG